AUGACCAGUGAAACAAAGGAACAGAUCAAUGAUGACGAUCUUUCUAAAACCGAUGAAACUAGCCUGAGUUCUUCGAUAAGCUUAAGUAUCGGCGAAUGUUCAGUUCGGCUGAGAGAAAAGCCUCCGGUUGUUAACCAGCCUCAACAGAAUGAUGGAAAAUGGUGGGUUAAAAAACCUAUCAAGGUGGAAGAAUCUAAGGCUAGAGUUUCGAAGGAUGCUACGCAUUCUUCGAUGAAGGAGUUUCUUGAGAAAGAAAAAAUGUGCAGGAUUCAAAAUAACACAUCAAAAGAUAAAGAUGACACCCUCUGCGACAUCUUGGCAUCAACAGCCUUCGACAAAUACCCCUCAGACUUCGAGAACGCGACUGACGAGGACAUCGGAAGUUUCCUAGAAGAAAUGAGCAAGAUAGCAGGCGCCCUGAGUCCGAAUUCCGCCCCAGAACGCACAAAAUCAACCGAAUCCAGUAAAAUAACAACCGAAGAAGAAAAAUCAGUUGAAGAACUGCUAGAAGAAGCCGAAAAACUCGUCCGUGAGAACGUAGGGCUCUCCAAAAGCGCUUCCCGAUCAGACACCUUGGUCCCCGAUGAGAAAUCCCGCUCAGCCGACGACCUGGACCGGGCCCAUAACCUGGAGGACGACAUUUUCCAGCUUAUCGAGCAAGAAGUCCACCGGGAGAUCCGCAAGAGUCCCCGGAGCCCUAAGAAGACUUCCCCUAGUCCCGACUGCGAGGUAGUUUACGAAAAUGUGAAUUUGAAACCAAAAGGACUUGGCCUCCAACGUCAAAGAUUCGAAGAGCAGAAGGUCGAAGUUUCCAGUUCUUCUGAUCUGGAUGAUCCUAUAGAGCGCCAUUCUAAAUCAGAGGACCUUAAGAACACCAAGAAAGCCAGCCAGGAUGACCAGAACCUCAGAAAGGAGAUCACUGAUGUUGACAAGGACUUCUUUGAUGACUUGCUCCGGAAAUCAAAGGACAAAGCUGAGGGGAAGAUUUCCUCCAGUUCAAGUUUUGGUCAAGAAGACUUCUCGCAUUUUUUGAAGAUUCUGCAGAAUCAAGAUCACAGUGAUGCAAAGCCUCCAGCUGAAAGCUUGAUCACUUGUCUGCCCAACGAUCCCAAGAAUUCAACCUACCCAGAGAAGGAAAUCACGGAGAUUUUGGAGCGGGAGCUGUCCAAGGUUGCUAAAGAUGGAAAAGAAGGAGGUAAGUCGUCAGAUAAUUCACAAUUGUCAAGGAAAUCUAGCCGAGAUCGCGGUAUUGAUAUUAAAAAGGUCAUAAAUAAUCAAAAUGAGUUAUAUUCCGUGGGGUUGACUCCUAGAUUAGAGUUAUUUGCCGAUACAAUUCCGAAAUUGAUUGCCGAAAAAACAGACUCUGCUUUUAGCGAGAAUUCUGCAAUACCGACUGAUAAAUUUUCUAGCCAAGAUUUAAACCUUCAAAUAGUUUCCGUAAAUUUAGCAACUAAAAGUAAUUCUGUUAAUAAGAUUAAGAAUCCAAAACCUGAAGCGAAAGGUUUAGGCCCUUCAAAAAGCUGCGAUCAAUUGUCGAGACCAAUGAAAUCCUUUCGUUCUUUGGACGACAUAAAUUCGCGAACAGAUGCCAAAAAAUUCCCGCCAAAAUCAAAGCGCACUUCUUCGACGACUAAUGUCAGUAUUAAGCCGAAUUUAACGACUCUAGCUUCUAGGGUUAAGUUUUCGGUAAAACCGGUGAAGAAACCUCCGUUGAAAAGGAGCGAUUCCGCGGAUGGGAGGAAUUCAUUAGCGGGAGGAGAUUCUAAGUUAAACUUCAGGAAAGAUGAUUGGGAGGUGCUGUUUAAUGAGGAGAAGCACAAGAAUAUGCUUCUGAGGAAUCAGAUCGAGGCGGAGGCUAGGCAGUACAAGCAACAGAUAGAAGGGAUGAGGGUGUCGUUUGAAGAGGAGCUUUUUGCGGUAAAGAAGGCUAAUAUUAUCCUAAAAGCGCAAAUUGAUGAGCUUAGUUUGAAGAGGAUUGAAACUCCGGUUAGUUCUAAGGGAGAUACGAGGGUGUUGUUGUUGAAAAAGGAGUUGGAGAAGCAGGAGAGCUUGCUGAAGACUUAUGAGGGGGAGAACAAGCGCCUGAUGGCGGAGGCGAAGAAGUUCCAGGAGGAAAAGCGGGUUUGGGAGAAGGGGGAGAAGAAAGAGGUUAGAAAUCUUGAAGAUGAGACUGUUAAGUUGAAUGAUAUUAUCAAAGAUUUGAGGGAGGAGAUCUUGAAGUUCAAUUUUGAGGUUUCGGAUUUGAGGCAGAAGAACAGUGAAGCUGCGAUGAAGAAUGAUGACCUUCAGCAGCAGAAUAGUCUGGUUUGUGAGGAGCUUAGUAUGUACAAAGAGCAGCUGAAGACCAAAGACAGGUUUAUUAGUGAGAAAUUGACCGCUUGGAGCGCGGAAGAAGCGGAGAGUAGGCGGAGGAUGGAGGAAAUGCGGAUUGAGCUGAAUUCUAAGAAUGAGAAGCUCAAGUUUGCUAAUGAGGAGCUUAGGAGGUUCCAUGAAGCGAUUGGACCUUUGGAGAAGGAGCUGCUGGAUUUGAGGACUAGGGAGCAGAGUUUGUUGGAGAAGAUCCAGGUUUCACGGAGUCACGUUGAGCGGGAGAAGGUUCUGACGCAGAAAUUGAAGGACCAGGUGAUUUUGGAUAAUAAAAAGAUCUUGGAUCUUAAUAGGCAGGUCAGGGAAAUGGAGCGGAUUUUAAAGCGGAAGAAUCCUGAUUCGGUUUCUGCGUUGAUUCUCACGGCAAAGUCUGACAAUGAGAGGAUUAAUAUUGAGAAGGUAAGGCUCCUAGAGGACAGAAUUGCGUCCCUUGAAGGGGAAAUUCGAGCGAAAGAAGAGUACGGACAGGAAAAAUUAACGGAGUUGCAGAAGAAGUUUGUGGAAAUGAAGGAGAAGUAUGCUAAUCAGGUUAAGGAGCUGGAGGAGAAGAUUAGGGAGGGCAGCCAGAGGGAGAAAUUGAGGAGAGAUGUGUCGGUUCAAGUGGCGCCAUCUGUGGAGAGUCGGGGAAGUGAAGCGAGGAGAGAUUCGGAGGAGAAAAGAGAGAGGAGAGAUUCUAAGAGUGGAAAAGUUGGUAAAGAGGAUGCGCAUUUGUUGGCUACCAUAAGAGGACUGAAGAUGGAGCUGCAAGGGAAGGAUAAGAUGUUCGGGAAGUUGACCAGGGAAAUGGCGGAGCUUCAGAAGAUGAAUAGGAAGCUGCAGAAGGAGAGGGAGAAGUUGGUUAAUGAUAGGAAGAAUUUUAAGGUUGAUGAGAGGAAGAUUUGCAGUUCAGGAGUGAUGAAGGGGGAAGAUCACAAUUCUAAUUAUCAAAAUGGACAUGUCAAUGGCAAGCUUACAGGUUCGACAUCUAGGUUAUACGAUCCUUCGGUUUAUUCGGAAAAUGGAGAAGAAAAUGGAGGAGAAAAACGUCUGCAGGAGGAGAAUGAAUUCCUGAAGGAGGAAUUGGCGAAAGUGAAUAAGGAGUUUUUGGGACUGAAGACUAAGAGGUUGCAUGACUUGAAUCUGCUGCAGGAUGAGCAUGAUAGGGAACUGGCGGAGUUGGUUAAGGAGUACAGUGAUAAGUUUGGAGAUUCUAAGGUUGUGAAGCUUCAAGGACAGAUUAGUAAUCAAGGAGCUGUGAUUGGGCGGUUGAAGGAGCAGAUUGAGGAACUGAAGGAUUAUAAGGAGCAGGUUUUGGUUCUGAAGGUCGAAAGGGAGCACUUGGAGAAUAAGGUUAAGGUGCUGAAUGAGAAGGUGAAAUAUUUGUCGACUCCGGGGACGGAGCAGCUGCAGCUUCUGCAGGAGAAGAUCACCAUUUUGCAGCAGAGGCAUGAAAGCAGAGAAAUGACGCUGCAGAAUUUGGUGAGGGAGCUGUUGAGGAGCAAGACUCAGUGCCGGGAUUGUAGGGGCGAAAAAGGGAAGAAUAGGCAGUUGUGCUACUUCAGACAGGAACUUGAUCAUAUCUUGGCGAUGCUUCAAGAAAUCGCCAAUGUUUAG